GCCUCGUAGUCCUCAAGAGUCCAAUUUCUACCAACAAUCUAUACAAUGGGGUGGUUUUCAUCAUCUGCUCCCUCUGCGGAGAAACCGGCUUCCUCAAAUUCAGAAGAUUCAGUCUCAUCUCCUCCAUCUUCCACAUCCAAACCUCAAACGAAAACCCUUUCUCGCGAUGAAAUCGCAGAACAAGAACUGAAUUCCUUUCUCCGGGAACUGGAGGCCGACACCCAUCCUUCUAGUACAAAAUUUAAUCGUGUACCCCGGAUUCCUCCACCAGAGCCUUCCCAUUCUGAACCCUCUACUCGAGCUCCUUCCCAAACUGAUUCCUCGGAACCACUCUCCAUCCAACUCCUUCCCACAACCAUGUCCUGCCGUACAGCCUUCGAUGCGGCAUUCUAUUGCCAGUCCUUUGGCGGCCAAUUCAAUAAUUUGUAUCGAUAUGGGUCUGCACGAGAUUGUAGCGAGUCAUGGUCUGACUUUUGGUUUUGUAUGAAAACGAGAACGUAUGCCGACAAUGAGAAGGCCAAACUGAUCAAAGCACGAUGGGUUGAGAAGGAGAAGAGAAAAUAUGGAGAUCCGAGUGAUAAGAAUAGGGAGUUAGGGAAGAGCAGUGAGGAUGUGUGGAAGGGAAGAGAGCAGAGGUUAGAAUGGGAAGAGGCAUUUUGUGUGGAAGAGCCCAAAUGGACAGGAAGUGACGACGAGUGGAGGAGGAUGGAGAAAGAACACAGAGAGGCACAAAAAAGCAAUCUGUGAAAUGAGCUCAACAUAAAAGUAGUUAUUAUUUGGGGCAGGCAUGCAAAAUGUCUUGAUGUAUAACAGGAAGGGGAUUAUUCGGAAAAGAGAGGUUUUGGUUUUCAUGAAGGCGUUGAAUAUUUAUGAUAGCGAGUCAUAAACUAUCUUAUUGUUCUUGUAGUACCCAGAUAACUAUCCAUAUAACGAGAAAUGUAAAUUUCUUCUUCA